CUUCAAUCCCAUUUUGAAUCAUAAUCCAUAACAACAAACUCCUUCAAGACACACAAAACACAGAGAGGGGAGUUGGGGUUUCCAAACUUACAGCAAUGGCAGCCUCAUUACAAGCAGCUGCUACAUUCAUGCAACCAACCAAGGUUGGUGUCUCCACCCGGUUGCAACUCAAGUCUUCUCAGAAUGUUUGCAAGGCCUUCGGAGUCGAGUCAGCUGGAGCCAGACUCACUUGCUCCCUUCAAGCUGAUCUCAAGGACUUUGCUCACAAAUGCACUGAUGCUGCCAAGAUCGCUGGCUUCGCUCUUGCAACUUCUGCCCUCGUCGUUUCUGGAGCAAGUGCUGAAGGAAGUCCAAAAAGGCUAACUUUUGAUGAAAUCCAAAGUAAGACAUACCUUGAAGUUAAAGGAACAGGUACGGCGAACCAGUGCCCAACCAUUGAAGGUGGAGUUGAUGGUUUUGCCGUCAAGGCAGGCAAGUACAACGCCAAGAAGUUCUGCUUGGAGCCCACAUCUUUCACAGUCAAAGCUGAGGGUGUGAGCAAGAACUCUGCACCUGAGUUCCAAAAGACCAAGCUAAUGACCCGUUUGACCUACACCCUUGAUGAGAUCGAGGGACCUUUGGAAGUAUCUUCUGAUGGCACCAUCACAUUCGAGGAAAAAGAUGGAAUCGACUAUGCUGCAGUCACGGUUCAGCUUCCAGGUGGUGAACGUGUCCCCUUCCUCUUUACCAUCAAACAGCUUGUAGCAUCUGGUAAACCAGAGAGCUUUGGUGGCGAAUUUCUAGUGCCAUCUUACAGAGGUUCUUCCUUCCUUGACCCAAAGGGCAGAGGUGGUUCUACCGGAUAUGACAAUGCUGUUGCUCUACCAGCAGGAGGGAGAGGAGAUGAAGAGGAGCUUCUUAAGGAGAACAUAAAGAAUGUUGCAUCAUCAACAGGGAAAAUCACCUUGAGUGUCACCUCAAGCAAGCCUGAUACUGGAGAGGUGAUUGGAGUAUUUGAGAGCAUUCAGCCCUCUGAUACUGAUUUGGGGGCCAAGACUCCCAAGGAUGUCAAAAUCCAAGGUGUCUGGUAUGCUCAGUUGGAGUAAUAGAGUGUGUGGAUUAUUAGCUCCAUGUAUUUCUUUUCUUGUUUAUGAUUUUUGUGCUCAACUAUAAAAAGGUGGUGUUCCUCAA